GCCAUCAAGACCUACUGCAAAAGGUCAGACCGCAAGGCAACCCACAUCCAGAAUGAUCUCUACGAGAAGGAUGUGAAGUCCUACUGGGUGGAGAAGGGUUUGGUGGCUACAUUCGAGGAAGCAGAAGAAGAGGAGUCGUGUGAAGAAGCGCCAGCGGAGGUGGUGGAGGGGGAGCGAAUGGGAUCGAUUGCUCGUGGCAUGGGGCCACCAGGGCAACUUGCUUUGAGGCCGCCUCCCCGCUCGAAAGGGAAGGCCGAUGCGGAUGAGAGCGAUGGUGACGAUCAUGAGGAUGAUGGCCAGUCUGAGGAUGGCGCCGACCCCAAGCCCAAGACGAAGCCGUCCAGGGCAAAGCGACACCAGCCUCGUGGUGAUGACGAAGAGCCGGAGUUGGAGGACAUCGCGUCUCUCAAGAGCAUCCAUGGUUACCGAAAGCAGUUGCUGAGCCUUCACGAUGAGCUUGCCGAGCUCAAGGGCCAACUAGACGCCUCUGCCUCAAAUCCAAAGAAGGCUGAUCUGAAGAG